AUACCGGAAGUGCCUCUUUGGUCAGGUGGUUGCAAACCAGCAAAACACCUUCCUACAGUCUUGACAGAAACUAGUUGGCCCAUUUAAUUGUGUAAUGUCGCCCUCUUGUGGUGAGAAAGAGCAGCUGCCACACAGCUGUGAAGCCAACACGUGGCCACCGAAUGAGUCAGAGCCCCUCCCUUCCGGUUGACAGGAAGUGGUGUACUUCAUAGUAAGGUAUAAGAGCACAUAGUUGGGUUGAUGGUUUUAAUAAUCAAUCAAAGUUGGGGUUUAGAAGCAGACAGGAAGUAGAUUUGUUUGUCCUGCUAUCAAAAUAAGAUGGAAGUGCUUGAACACUUUAAUACUGUCUCUUCAAAAUAAAAGAUCAUCCAGCAAGGUAGGACCUCGUAAACUUGCCAAAAAGAAGCAAAGGGAUUUAUUUGAGGCCACCUUCAAAAAUAAAAGCCCUAAAAGACGCCGUAUCCGUCGCUGUGUCGCGCCGCCAUGGCGAAGGUGGCGGGGUAACCCUCGUAGGCGGCAUAAGCGGCCACAUCCUGGCCCAGAGAGACCGCCUGCUUCAGUUGGGAGGCAACGGCCGACGGCGCCGGGCUUGCCAGAGCGUAACCUGAAAAAGACGGACGUGCCUUCACUUCCCGCAACGCGGCAGGACGCCAUCUUGCCAGCGUGUUAGUGGUGGGUACGGACCUUCACGUACCUGGGAAGGUGACCGCAGCCACGGCCUCGGCGGCGCCCUCCGCUUGCAAGCCGAGUGCGUGCAGCACGUGCUCGGCCGCGUGCACCCUGGCUUCGUCCACGGCAGCGCUCAGCUUGGCGGGCGUGAAGGGGGGCCUGCGGAUGCAAGCAAGUCAGUCAGGUGACGCUGACAGGAAAGGAGAAGUGGCGUUGGGGGGCGGGUCCGUACGUGUUGGCGAGUGCGGGGAUGCUGAUUUUGUACAGGAAGAGCUGGCGCUGGUCGGGCCCCAUGGCCGAGUGCAGCUGGUACACGGGAAGACCCCAGUUGUUCUUCUGACAGAGCUCCUCCAAAACCUGCGGCGACAACUCUUCAGGUCACGAUGUCACCCUUGGUUGGGGGGGAGGGCGGCAUGGCCUUUUACCUGCGGCGCCGGUUUAAUGGCGCCGACCUUCAGGCUCAUGGCGGCCGGGGUGAUGGGGGUCAGCUCCAUGCCGGGCAGCAGAUCGUACAGCUUCUCCUCCGCUUGCUUGUCCGCUUUUGCCCUGAAGGAGGCCCCGCCUUCACGGCACAUGGCUCCGCCUCCCGCAGCGUAGCUAAGGUAGCCCCGCCCACCCAGCCCCCGCACCCCAGCGGCCCCUACAGGUACAGUCAUGUAAAUUUCUACAGGAGACCGAAAAGGCAGCGAAAUCAAUGAAAUCACCUCGAAUCAAGACCAUAAUCGUCUGAAACACACGAGAGCCGAGACGGAACAUUCCGGAACAUUCUCCAUCUUUGGUGAUUUAAACGCUCAACUGGAGUUUCCAUCGCCACAAGACCAGCGUUCCAACCGGAACUUUGGGAAUCUCAACAUGUUAGUGUCCAAUGUGCUAGCUAGCAUAGCAUAGAACGUGAUUAUUGGUUAGCAGAGCAUAAGCUGUGCUUGUUAGCAUAUAACAUGUUCAUUAGCAUAGCAUAGCAUAGUGCAGUACUUAGCCUAGCAUGGAACAGCUUAGUUAGCAUAGCGCAGGUCAAUUAGCCGGUCUUGUGCGUAUGAAAACAACCAGCAGACGUGAUUACGUACAAACGGAAAAAAACACAAGACGAAAUUCACCUCACCUCGAAUCGAUGGCGUCCUGAUCAAACCACGCCCCCCAACGUGACCUUUGGCCGCCGGGAAGCGGAACUGACCCGGUACAGCGGUGUAGGCCUGCGGGGCGUAAAAAACCGGCGCACCGAGGUACGCCACCGAGGGAUCGUACACCUGAAGAAGGAGGGAGAGAACCGCCAUCAAACAUCCUCCAUCGUUGACUAAGUGAACGUCCUGUUUAAGCCCCUCCCACCUGGCCCAGGGUGUAGGCGGCGUAGUCGGCCUGCAGGAGUGAACUUCCUCGUCCUCCCGUUCCUCGCGUGUGGCGCACAUAGCUGUCCUUGUCCACGGGCUUGGCCAAGGUCACCUCGAUGGGCGACCCAUCCAGAACCUGAGAUUAGCGACAGAGGGUAAACGGAGGAAGGCGGAAGGUUCGAUGCCGGAACCUACCUUCCCGUUGAGGGCCUCCAUGGCAUUGACGGCGUCCUCGCGGUGUGUGAAAUGGACAAAGGCGUAGUCUCGGAUCUUCUUCACUCGCUCCACCGCGCCUGCAGUACUGGGGUCAGAGGUCACAAAGGCGGCGCGUUGGUGAUGUGUUCACGGUCACCUGCUUUGAGGGCGUUGAACUCCUUCUCGAUGCUCUCCUCGCUGGUCUGCAGCAUCAGGUUCCUCACAUACAGGAUCUUCACUGUCGCCAUGGUGUCCUCGUCCACUUCCACCUCAGGCUCCGCCCAAUCCACCGCGAUGGCGUGACCCCACAGUUGGAUGCGGCCUGUGAGGACAAACAGGAAGUCGCAUGCGGGAGCAUGUGGCGGACGCCGUGUCGUUACCUGGCAGCAGUUUACGGCGAGCCAUGGCGGCAGCUCGGUGGCUCUCGUACUCCACAAAAGCGAAUCCUCGGUUUUUGGAUUUAUCGGCGGCGCUGGGAUACACGAUGACGUCCACCACGCCGUCUGUCACUUUCCUCAUCUCGGUGAGGAUCUCCUCCCGCUUCUUGCUUUUGGGAAUCCCGCCCACAAACAGACGGCAGUUGUCGACGCUGGCGCAGACGCCCAGGAGGCGGCCGUUCCUGGAACAGAGGGGGUGGAGUCAAAAACGUUGAUGCGUGGCGUCAUGGCGACUUGUCCGCCAAGGUCACCUGAUCUCGUAGUUGUUGAGCUGCUUCAUGGCCGCCCUGGCUUCCUGUUUGCUGGCGAAGGUGACGAAGGCGUAUCCGCGAUUGUUCCCGUUGAAGUCCAUCAUCAUCCUCACCUCGUAGAUUUUCCCGAACUAAGCAAGCAAACAGGAAGUUGACGUGCUAGCUCGGCUUAGCUUCCUGGUAUGGCGUCAUUCCCACCUUCUCGCACAGAGGAACCAGUUCGUCUUCAAACAGGUCUCUCGGGAGUUUUCCCACAAAGAUCUCACUUCCUCUUUCCGGGGGUGGGCCGUCCCAGCCGGGCGGGGGUCCGCCGUAGCGCCGCUGGCCGUUUUCCUGAGACGAAUAGCGUUAGCUCGGACGAUGAUGAGCGACAUACGGCCUCCUCACCUGUUGCAGACGAUAUCCUGUCCGUUGUAUCAGCGCCCUUAGCCCCGCCUCCUUCUGCAUCCCGGCAAGGCCGUCCCCUCCUGCUUUCUGAUUGGUUUCCAUUGACUUUGAUUGACAGCUUAGCAAAUCAAGCUAAUUAGCGGCGCUCGCUGCCAAAACAACAACAGUAAAGGUCAAAGGUUGCCUCGUCUUGACCCGCGCGGCCAUGGCGUGUCGGACGCAGGUCAUGUAACCGCCGCGCUCGGGAGGUCAUGUGACCUCCUCAUCCACCAAUCUGGUAGCGGGGCGGUGUGAGGUUGAAGGUUGCGAUGAUGAGCGACGAUUAAAAGAUUGGUGAUAAUUAAUAUGAUGAAAAGUCAUAAAUAAUCAUUCAAAAUCAGGUCAAAAUGACAAACAAUAAAAGUGGUGAAGAAUUAGACUUAGACAAUAAGGACUAAUAAAAACAUGAAAAACACACACGCUUAGCAUGUUAGCAUGUUAGCUUGUAGCUUGACAUGCCGCUGUCCUGCCUUCAUUCCCCCCCCCCCCCCAACAUUCCGCUCCCGCCACAACUACAUGAACUCCUUCCUAUGCUUUUAUUUCUAGCUUUACGUCCUUUUUCUGUUUGUUUGCAUGAAAAAUGGAAAAACCCACCUGAGCAAUUUCAGAGAUCACCCUCCUCCACUCACACCUGUGUCAUUCUGACCGCUCUGUGUGUGUGUGUGUGUGUGUGUCUGUGUGUAUGUGGGGCCAUCAUAUCAAACUCCAAAGGUUCACUGUCUUGGUGUUAGCUUUACAAGCCACCAUUAAUGUUUAACCUGCUGCUAUCUGUGCACACACACACCACACAAACACACACCACACAAACACACACACCACACAAACACACACACAAACGCUGCGUGUGUGUUGUCCUCGGUAUAUCAUUUUCGUGCGAAGAUGUCAUUUGUUUUGACAACUGAGACUAACUAAACAAGAAGGUUUAAACUGAGUCACAACACUUACUUAAACUGGGCACUGCACACACACGCACACACACACACACACACACACAUACACACACAUACAUAUUAUUUGUCCGACCUCUGCUGGGGGUGUUCAAUAAUCUUUUAAAAAUAAUAACAAUAAUAAUGUGUCAAAAAUAUAGGGCUGUCUGUCUAUCGAUUAAAAUAUUUGAUUGUGAUUAAUUGCAUUUUUUGUCCAUAGUUAACUCAGUUAAUCCCAUUUAAUCGCAGAUAGAAAUAUGUUUUUUAUUAUAAUAUGACAUAUAGUAUUAUAUAUUUUAUAUAUUAUAUAUUAUUAUAUAUAACAUGAUAUGAUUAUCUGUAAUAUAAGUAUGGGAAAUCUUUGUGGUAAGCGAUUCGAUGUGCAACUACAAAGAUGAUUACAUCAAAUUUUAUGUAAAGGGAUUUAACAAAUAAUAAUAACAAUAUAUAAUAAUAACAAUAAUAAUGUCAGUUUUAAUAAUAAUAAUAAGGAAAUAUUAGGGCUGUCUAUUGAUUAAAAUAUUUGAUUGUGAUUAAUCGCAUUUUUGUCCAUAGUUAUCUCUGAGUUAAUCACAUUUAAUUGCAGAUAGAAAUGUUUUUAUCAAUAAUAUUAUAUAUAUUUUAUAUAUCAUAUAUAUUAUAUUAUAUAUAUCAAUACAUUCAGAAAUAAUUAUUAUAAAAGAUUUGCCUCGAUGCACCUUUCCUUUCUGAAAUGUACAAAUGAAAAUACCCAAAACUUAGGGCAAUAGUCAGAAAACAUUUCAUCCAAACUGCAAACUCAAUAUAAUCUUAUUUCUCUUUUAAAACACAUUAAAUACAUAUAAAUUCAUCAUUAUAUUACAGUUAAUAUUAUUUUAUUGCAAUACUCUAACUAUUCAUUUGAAAUCCCCCAGUUUUUAAAUGUUUCGUGCGAGCUGCGAUUUGUCCUACUUUUUUUUGACAGUCAUUGAACGCACCUUCUACCGUUCUCCGACGUCCAGAGGGAUGUAUGGAUGUAUUGGGGUGUAUUAGGAUGUAUUUCACCCCUUUUUCUUUCGCCUCAUACUUGCUACCGAAUGCUGAUACUAUGUGGGAAGGCAUCAAGGUAAGAUUUGGUGACUUUGAGUGCUAAUGUGCAUCAUUGUGAUACAAAAACAAAGUCCACCAAGCGGGAUGGUGGCUCUCUAUUCAUUUAGUGCUUUUCAUUCCAUGUUGUUCCUGCCAUAGUUCGAUACAAUAUAUCAUAAAUAGGAUCAAUCACAUGGCUAUAAUGUACAUAUGUUUUACCCAGAUGUUGAAAAUCGUCCCCUAGCUAGUUCCAUGCUAAAUGGCUAAUGCUAGCACAACAGCCACCGUCAUCACGUUUGACAAGCCCGCCAACCGUGAGCCGUGCUUCAAUCAAACUACGGUGGGGGCCGAGGGUCAUUUUAUGAAUAAUGUGCUAUAACAAAAUAAAUAAAUUUUCAAAAACAAUAAAAUAUUUAAUUUCGAAAUCGUUUUCAAUACUAAUGUAAUCUUUAAUAAUAAUGUACUAUGCAAUAAUAAUUAUCAUUAUGUAAUAAUUAAUCAUGUUAUCUAAUAAUAAUAAUAACGUCAUUUUAAUCAUGUAAAUAAAUUGUUAAAUAAAGUUUGAUACAUUUUGAAUAAUUAUGUGAUUUCUAAUAAUAAUGUAAUUUUAUUGAUAAUAAUUGAAUCUACAAUAAGUACUUUAAUCAAAAAUAAAAAUAUCUAAUAAUAAUGCUCUCUAAUAACAAUAAUUUCAUACUUAACAAUGUAAAUAAAGUUAAAUUUGAAUACUAAUGUACUUUUUAAAUUAUAUAAUUACAAUAAUAAUGUUAUCAUUAAUAUGUUAGAGUUUGCAAUAGCCUUUCAUAAGAUUGAUAUAAUGAUUAAUAAUAAUAAUGAUGUUAUUUACAAUAAUAAUUUCAUCAUUAAUCCUAAUGUUAUCUUUAAUAACAAAUUAAAUUAAAUUUAAUUUAAUCAUUCGGACUUUUUCCGUUUCAAAUUGUUGUGCAGCAAAAUCAUCUUCAAGGACUCGAUGUGUGUGUGUGUGUGUGUGUGUGUGCGUGCGCUUGUUAUGACUCCACACGCACGCACAAAGGUCAUGUGACAAAGCUGAUACAGAGUUACGUGACAAAUACAAAUUUCUGAUCAAGUUAGUUGUUUGCGGUGACAUCACUUCCGGCCCGCGAGUCCGUCAAGGUCUGCAUGAAAGGGGGCGAAGUCCUGAGGUCAGGACUCAGGUCCUCGUGACGGAGCUGCUUUUAGCAUCGGAACCUCUCAGCAAUGUUUGCCCCUGCUAAAAUUAGUAGUGUGUGUGUGUGUGUGUGUGUGUGUGUGUGUGUGAGACAUCAUAGAGACAUCUUGAGCCCUGACAGGAAGUCUCCAGCGCCACUCUGGUCAGUCAGUAGGCUCGGUCUCGGACUCCACCAGGUUGGAGCGUCUUGUUGCAAACUGAGCUGAAGGAUCAGAAGAGUCUGGAAGUGGACCUGGAGGAACCCGCACAGAACCUUCUCCUGAUCAACAAUCCAACCAGACAGAAGUGACGGAAUUCCAGGUUGUUCCGUCCGAUCGGGACAUGCGUGAGCUGGUUGCGGUUCCGGCGGGACGCCAUCCUUCGUCCCCUUCCAUCCCUUCCUUCUCCGUACAAACUUCCAGGAAGUUCCCCUUCUUCCAUGUGGUCAAAUGCUGCAGGGACGAGGCGGAAGACGGCGUCUUCUUUUCCCGCCUCCAGCUCAGCGACUUUAACGUCAUGGAGACGCUGGGAGUUGGAGGCUUCGGACGCGUUCAGCUGGUGCAGCUGAAGAGCAACCAGGCGAGGACGUUUGCCAUGAAGAUGGUGAAGAAGCGUCACGUGGUGGACAGCGGGCAGCAGGAGCACGUCCGUUCGGAGAAGGUCAUCAUGAGCGAGACGCGCUGCCGCUUUGUCGUCAGGUUGUAUCGAACCUUUAAGGACAGCAAGUAUCUCUACAUGCUGAUGGAGGCGUGUCUUGGCGGCGAGCUGUGGACUCUCCUGAGGGACAGGGGUUCCUUUGAUGACACCAGCAGCAGGUUCUACACGGCAUGCGUCCUCCAGGCUUUGUCCUACCUUCACGCCAAAGGAAUCGUCUACAGAGACCUCAAACCCGAAAACCUCCUUCUGGACAGUCGCGGAUACGCCAAGCUGGCGGACUUUGGUUUCGCCAAGAAGAUGGGCUUUUCCAGUAAGACGUGGACCUUCUGCGGGACGCCGGAGUACGUGGCGCCGGAGGUCAUCCUCAACAAAGGUCACAACCUCUCAGCCGACUACUGGUCGCUGGGCGUCCUGAUGUUUGAGCUGCUGACGGGCAGUCCGCCGUUCUCUGGUCCGGAUCCUGCAAGGACCUACAGCGUCAUCCUGGGGGGAAUCGAGGCGGUGGAGUUCCCGGAGAAAGUCGCAGAGAACGCCGCCGACCUCAUCAAGAAGCUGUGCAGAGACGAGCCCAAAGAGAGACUCGGAGGUCAGAGGAACGGCGUCAAGGACAUCCAGAGACACAAGUGGUUUGACGGCUUCGACUGGGAACGCCUAAAGAAAGGAACGCUGACUCCGCCCAUCACGCCUGAUGUCUCCUCGGCGACCGACACCGGAAACUUUGACACGUUCCCUGAAGACAGCGAGGAGGCGCCGCCGGACGACAACUCGGGAUGGGACGCCGACUUUUAGACCGUGGACCUCCAGGGUCCGAAAACCUUUGCAGAACCUUCUAAAGUGGACCGGACAUUUUCUAGAACGUUCUUCUCCUUACACACACACACACACACACAGAUUAUCAACUGAUUUAUUUGCAUAAAGUUUUCACUAAUCUUUCUCUGAUUGGCGGUUUCCUAUCUCAGCUAUGAAUACAGGAAGUGGCAGGGGUCAGCGCCAGCAGACGUCACUCGUAGUAAAAACUCGCCACCACUCGGAAGACGUCCGACACGCCCUCGUAGGACACGAUGACGGGCCGCAGGCCUUUCAUGGUCUUGUAGUGUCCCGAGUGUUUGAUCCUGUAGGCGGCGACGGCGGCGUUGGGGGGGAUGUACCACUCCACCGUGGCGUUGCUGUGGCGGUUCGGGCCUUUGAGCCAAUGAAACCUGCAAUGACACGAAUGCAUCAUGUUCUUGUCACCUGGGGAACGACUUCCUGUCCGUCACACACCUGGUCUCCCAUGAUGCAUCGGUGUGCACCAGCGUCCAGGUGUCGCUCGUGUUGUCGUGCAUCUCCACGGCAACAAAGCUUCCAUCCCUCUGAUGAAACACAAGAGCGAGACUCGUCAACAGGAAGUCCCGUCGGAUAAAUCUUCUGAUCCGACAUCGGUUCUCACCACGUCUCCGGAAUGCCGCGGGUUCCCCGCCACAAACGUGACGGACACAACAUCGCCCUGAAACGGCAACCAUGGCGUCGCUUUAAGAAGACCUUUCAUUCAUCAAAUGCAUGUUCAGGGGCGGUCCUACCUGUCUGUAAACAGGAAGUACUUGCUGCAGGACUUCUCCAAAACUGCUGUUCGCCGGUUUCCUGUCAACCGGCGCCGCCGGCAGCAGAUUGAAAAGAUUAUUCUCAAAAAACGGAGGAGGCGGACCCGGUGGAAGAUCUCCGGCUUUGUUCUGGAAACAUCACAUGACCUGCGUUCAAUGUAGGCCUUCCAUGACCCGCCAUUGAUGCGGUUCAAGAUGGCGGCACAAACCUGUGCAAUGGCGUGGGCCAGGUGAGCAUACUUGAGCAGGUAGGCACUGAGCGUGUGCGGGCCGUAGAUGGUGGAGGCGCCCUCGUACCUCUGAAUCUGAGGAACGAUAUCGUCAUGAUGUUUUCUACUUGAUUGACAUGUGUGUGUGUGUGUGUGUACCUGAUACUCCUCAUAGGUGCUGAUGUAGUGAGUGUACACGUUGCUCAGGCCUGCAAUCACAACCUCGGGGUCCUUGAACGCACCACCAGACUCUAAUUCCUAACACAUGUGUGCACACACUUAUAUGUACAGAUUUUUCAGAUGUGUGUGUGUGUGACACUAACCAGUUUGACGACUUCUCUUAACCGUCUU